UUUUUUUUUUUCUUCUGAAGCUCGAAGGAAAUUUUAUGGGAGCUUAAAGUUAACAUAACUUUUUCUCCAAUUGUCUCCGCGAAACCCCUAACGCGACAAACGACGCGAUAAUACUUAUCGCAAACAUCUCAAGAAUCAUACUUAACUAAUCUUCUUAUUUUUAAAACAUGGGCUUUACUCCACGAGGAGGUAGAGGCGGUGGCCGCGGUGGUUUUGGCGAUAGAGGCGGCCGAGGUGGUUUUGGCGACAGAGGUGGACGAGGUGGAGGUGGCUUUGGCGGCCGUGGAGGUGGUGGACGAGGUGGUGGCCGAGGCGGCUUCGGUGACCGAGGUGGACGUGGUGGUGGUGGUCGCGGCGGUCCCCCAAGAGGAGGACGAGGUGCUCCUCGCGGUGCUGGACGCGGUGGCGCGAGAGGCGGCGCAAGAGGUGGUGCCAAGGUCGUUGUUGAGCCCCACCGUCACGAAGGCGUUUUCGUCUCGCGGGGCAAGGAGGACCACUUGCUCACCCGAAGCGUUGCCCCUGGCAUCGAAGUCUACGGCGAGAAGAGGAUUACCAUUGAUAAUACUACUAAGGCCGAGGAUGGUACGCCUAUUACCACCAAGGUCGAGUACAGAAUCUGGAAUCCUUUCCGAAGUAAGUUGGCAGCCGGUAUUAUCGGUGGUAUCGACAACAUCUACAUGAAGCCCGGCUCCAAGGUUUUGUACCUGGGUGCUGCCUCUGGUACUUCGGUUUCUCACGUUUCCGAUAUUGUUGGCCCUACUGGAAAUGUCUACGCCGUUGAAUUCUCCCACCGAUCUGGCCGAGACCUGGUCAACAUGGCCCAAAACCGAACUAACGUCAUCCCUAUUGUCGAGGAUGCCCGACACCCCAUGAAGUAUCGCAUGCUUGUACCUAUGGUUGACUGCAUCUUUGCCGAUGUUGCCCAACCCGACCAGGCCCGUAUUGUUGCGCUGAACGCACACAUGUUCCUGAAAGUUGGCGGUGGUGUAGUUAUCUCUAUCAAGGCGAACUGCAUUGACAGCACAGCUGCCCCCGAAGCAGUCUUCGCGCAGGAAGUGCAGAAGCUGAGAGCAGAGCGUAUCAAGCCCCAGGAACAACUGACACUAGAACCCUAUGAGCGAGAUCAUUGUAUCGUGAUUGGACAAUACCAAGAGGCGAAUUAGGCACCUUAUAGGCUAAGAGGAAAGCAACCUAUUUUGUGUUAUAUUACGGUCUUGAUGUAACGAUCAUAAUCCACGUGGUUCGUGGGAUGGAGUUAUUCCCAUCAGGCAACGGCGACUAGGCGUUCGGAGGGUCGGUUUAUUGAUAUUUCAUCUGUGCAUCAGUUUCCAUAGGGAAAAGUCUAUCUGGACAAUACCACGCAAGCAGUUCGAUCCACACAUUUGUCUAUUCAAUCUCUUGUUAUAAGGUAUAUCAUUGUUACUAUGGCAUGUUGAUUACAUCGCCGUAUUAUCAAGAUCUAGUAUCUCAACCCAGAUUACUCUGAUUCUGGCUAUCAUAUCGAGACCAGUAGCUCUACUCUCUUAUCAACCGUCAGCAUAGUAUACGAGACAAAAACACCUUUAUUUACUCCCCGUGUGUUCCCCCUACAUGCCACAGCGC